AUGCGCUUAACCAAGUUCGGUCAUUACGAUCAGCCACGGUUGACUUGCUUUCCAUUAGUCACUUCCAAAUUGAGAGGACUUCAUUUCCUUCGAAUACUGUUCUCGGGACCACUGGUGCCGAAGGCAACUCUCUUGUCAGAUGAUGACGGGGUGCCGAAGGCAUCGCACUCGUCUAAUGAUGGCGAGGUGCCGAAGGCAUCGCACUCGUCUAAUAAUGGCGGGGUGCUCUCGCGCCUAAUGAUGACAGGGUGCCAAAGGCAUUGCACUCGUCUAAUGAUGGCGAGGUGCCGAAGGCAUCGCUCUCGCCGAAUGAUGACGGGGUGUCUAAGGCAUCGCUUUAGUCUAAUGAUGGCGGGGUGCCGAAGGCAUCUCACUUGUCUAAUGAUGGCUGGGUGCCGAAGGCAUCUCUCGCGCCGAAUGAUGACUGGCUGCCGAAGGCAUCGCUCUCGCCGAAUGAAGAAGCUUGUAGAACAAGCUUACCAAUGGUUAUUGCCGAUGGCUAAUAGUUUUGAUUUUCAACCGUACAUGGGGCCAUGA